AUGACCUCUGAGAACCCUGCCCAGAGCUCCGAUGGCCUGUCGGUCGGCGCUCCAUUGGAAUCCCAGAACAUUACCCCGCCAGGUCAAAUCCUGACGGGAAAGCAAGAACAUUACCUGAAGCGCGAACUCAUCGCACGCCAGGUGCAGAGCGAAAUCGCCGAGCUGAACUCGCCAACUGCCCUCCGUCGCUUCGGUGCCCCGUUCAAGUCGGAAUUCGGCGAAGUCGCGCCCGUGGAUUCAGAACUCCCUAUCCUCCGUCAUAUCUUCGUUCAUCAUGUGCGGAACUUCCCCUUUCUCGAUAAAGCCCGCGAAAAGGAGUUUUGGCAGGACAAGUUGCAGGUGUUUCUUGAAUCCUUCGCCAAGAAGAAUGUUUCGUCGUCGGAAGAUAGAUUGGAGGAGACAAAACGGCGAAAGCUGGCUAGGAAGUGCGAGAAGCUCGUUGAACUGAUGAUGGUGUCUGGUAUCCCUACAGCAUCAGGAUAUGAAGAACGGAUACAAUUUUCGGAGAUGGAGGUUGUCGAGCGUGGUGCCAACGAGUCAGGACUUCUAGUCAAUAUGCCUGAAGGGAAUGCGAUCCAUGGCUGGGACGUCAAUGUGGCUGCGGUGCGCGUCGCUUCCGUUAGACGAACAGUACGGUACCAUCAGCAUGCGGAGUUCAUUAUUCGCGUGCGACGGGAAGGGAAGUCUGACAUCUUCGUGGCCCGGCGGUAUGGCGAAUUUUCAAAGCUUCAAAAACGGCUGCAAACUGAAUUCCCCGGAAAACCUCUUCCUCCCCUGCCACGAAAGAACAAGACUUCUACGUCGUCCAGCUUUUUCUCCUCGGCAGAUGACGAUGCGUCUUCCGUAUCGUCGUUGUCCACUCAGAGUACAAGUACUCCGGAAGAAAACCAAAGCCAGAGCUCGAGCUCGAGAAACCUGACACCCGGGAACCACAAUCUUCAUCGUUCGAUAUCAAGGUCGUCUAUGAGGUCCGCACUGGGGAAGUCCCCCAAGUCCCCGAGAGCCUCAGGCGAGGUUUCUCGCGAGACUGUUCUAUACAGAGAAGAGCAGCGGGUGUCGCUCCGAGCCUUCCUUCGCACCUUACUGCAAAAUAAACGGGCGGCCGAAUCGAAGGCUCUCGAAGAAUUUCUCACUGCGCAGCCUGUUGCUCUAAAUGAGGAAGAGAUGAUAGACAUGCAGCGUCGCAAGGAAGCGGAUGCCAUUAGAAUAGAAGAGCAGAAGCGUUUCUACGAGAUUGCAAGACAGCGAGCAGCUGAGUUGGAUGUUUACAUGGAGAACUUUCGCCGAGACAUCGUGGAGAGCAAUGGCUUGACCAAGCUCUUUGCCGAGAUUCGAGAGAAGUCUACAGUAGAGGAUCUCAGCCCCCAGUACCAGAAGUUUGCUGAGUGGCUUCGAAUUGAGGUUGCUGCCACGCUGUACCAUUUGUUCUUAGCCGAAGACAAUUCGCCGGAACUAUUUGCGCAGUUUAAGCGGAUUCACUCUCUUGUCCCAUAUACUUUGAUGAAGAACGUGAUCCGUAUCGCCAACCCCGCCGCUGUUAUGACUGGGGUUCUAGAUCUCUUCCUAGCCCAGCCGUUUGGGUCACGUUCUCUCCUGCAGCGCAUUUUCUCGAUGACUCUGAAUGACGGCAUCAAGGCCUUCCAAAAAUCGAUCGAUGCACUGGCCGCCAAAGUUGACGACCCCGUUCUCUGCCAGAAGUUGAAGGCAUUCACCGACGCCGACGAAACGGUGAAAAAUGAGAUCCGCAACGAGGCGGCUAUGGAGGACGUGGAUCUCAUUGUCGCCAUCCUCCGUUCCGAAUAUAUCGCUCCGGAAAUCACCACCGAACAAGUCGGCAAAGUGUUCAAUGCGUACGUUGCUUGGAACUUUGCCGUCGAGAAUGUUGACCAAGAGAUGCGCGAGGGUGCUCAGUGGUUUGCUCACUUGAAACAGCUACUCAAGCUCUAUACGCGACAGCGCGAUAAGGCCAUGAUGCUGAGUAUCGUUGAAGAGCCGGUCACUCUUCAAUUAUUCCGUGAUCUCUUCACCAUUUUCUACGAGCCUCUUGUACGAGUAUACAAGUCGGCCAAUGUCUACAACAGCAUCACGGACUUUGCCCAGUUCGCCGACGAUGCGAUCGCUGUCAUUGAGAAGUGCCAGCGACAGGACGUGUCCGCCGAUCCGAACCAAACCGUCCAGGCCUUUAUCGAUCUCUGUGAACGCCAUCAGAGUAGCUUCUACAAGUUUGUGCAUGAGGUUCACUUGCAUGACAACGGUUUGUUCGGCUCUCUGAUGGCGUGGAUCGAAGAUAUUCUGGACUUCUUGCGCCACGGGCCACAAGGCGGUCGAUUAGACAUGAAUGCCCUCUUGCAUGGGGCUAAAGAUGUGGGGCAAAUCGAUAAGGAUAAGGCGUUACAAGAGAUCAAUGCCUUGAUCAAAUGGCAUGAGGAUCGUAAACGUUGGCACCUCAACAAGACCCGGCAAAAGAUGGCGGCUGAAGGCACUGGAAAUGAAACGUUCCCUGGCGCCACGUUCAGGGGAAGCGAUUUUGGAUUAGAUGAGGGUGAUUUGGAAGAUCUCGCUAUCUCUGACGAUGAAUCGGAGAACUCGGAGGAGCUCGAUGAGGAGGACGACCUUGACCCCAUCAACGCCGAACGAAAACGCCGGGGCAAGCAACAGGAUCAGCUCCGCCGCACAGCUGGAGAACCCGUGAAGCCCGAAAUCCAAGAGAUACUCAAGCUGUCCGAUUCGUUCAGCAUGAUGCUGCGGCAGGUUCUUGCAGAAUAG